AUGCAGGAUCAGGAGGUUAUAGACUGGGGAGAGGAUAUAGAGGAUGAUGGCGAUGUAAUUUCGUUGGGUGGCUCUGAUACUGAGGUGUUGGGAGGAGUGGGAGAAUCAAUAGGAGAAUCAGCGGUAACUCUACCACCAACAGACACUCCCAAGAACAAGAAGGACACCACCACCACCACUGAUCACAAUAUGCUCUCCUUCGACGGCCCACGUUUGGAUAUGGGCUGGAUCCUGCGCAUUUCGAGCGUCGGCGAGCCUUAUUUCUACAACACACUUAAUCACACUUCUGUAUGGCGGUGUCCUGGGUACACGCAGCCGGCAGUGGGAGCGGGAGUGGCAGCAUCAGCAGCGGGAGAGAGUGGGGAGAAGAGGAGAAGAUUGUCGCAUACAUCGGUAUCAGCGGUGACACCGAAAGCAGCCACACCGAACGCAGCCACACCGAAAUCAACACCAACACGCCCAGCACAACGCGAUACGAGCAGUAGUGAUAGAGAGCCAGUUAAUGGGAAAGCUAGAGAAGAAGCUAUAGAGCAAAUUGGAGAGUCGACCAAGGAAAAUCCCAGAGAGCAAGCAGGAGAAGAAGGCAGAGAACGCGACAAACGCGACAAAGAACGUGACGAGCGGGAUAUUAGGCAGUUAGAAAGAGUAAAGCAGAUAGAGCGAAUGGAGAGAUCAGAUGCGGAAAAGCAACAACAUUCGCAACACAAUCGACAGAGAAGUACUGGAGAAAAGCAGCAUUACUCGCAGUACCCUCAUUACAAUCGACAGCCACCGCGUCAGCCGCGAAACAGCUAUCAAACCCAUCAAAGCCACCAAUAUUAUUCAGGCAGAGGAGGGAGAAAUGCAAGACAGAAUAGUUCUGCAAGAUUACCGGAUCGGCCGGCAGUAACAUAUGCACCUGCACGCGGUGACAGAGGCUACAGGUAA